GGCGGCAUGGCUCCACGGUGCCAGGCAGUACAAGAACAUCACAGGAAUUGUGAGGCAGUCGAAUCAUUUGCUGAAGAACUGCUCUCGCUACGUGAAAGCUGGUGAUGCAUGUGCUCAGAAAAUUUUGCCGUUGCGGCAGAAGCGCUGAGGAGAUCAUCCUUGGCUUUAGCCCAUGGUGUCCCACAAUCAGUCACUUUUUAGCCUGCGCGAGGGCGUCGUCCUUGAGCGUAAGUCACAGCCGGGAUUGAAGCUCCUCAUGCAGAAGUUUCACGCUGUGGUGGCCCACGUCGAUUUGACACUGAAGCCCCGCAGCAGCAUCGAGAUCACGAUCGCUGGAGCAGAUGGCAUUUUCUUGGUGUCGCCAUUUCUGAUUCCCAAGGCAACACCUGCCAUGGAGAUGAAGCCUAUGAUGAUCAACAAGUUGAAGGCCAGCAAGAUGUUUACCGAAGUGGAAAUUGCCGCCAUGAAGUUCCAGUUCAAGGGCUGCACCUUCAAGAAGUUCCAUGAGUCAAUUGUUGCGCACGACCUCUUGAGUUUGAAGAAGGCCGUGUUGAAGAAGGUCAUGCAGAGCGGCAAAAAGUUGCCAUGAUAGCCAGCAUGCUAGGUGGCAGCCCGCCCUGUUGUGGGCAUUUGCGGUUUUUGAACAUGACAUGUGGUCGUCUGAAAGAUGGCUUAGAUCAAGUGAGACGAAAGGUGUUGGGCAAAGAUUGCGUUGCGCUUCAAGUGCAGGUCAGUUUCAUUUUGAACUAAGCCCGCAGGGUUCAUGUGAU